AUGGAAUUGGUGAUGAAUGAAAUUGGAGAUGAAUGUUUUUUAUAUUGUUCGUCAUUAAAAUCAAUUGAUAUACCAACUUCUGUUAUUAAAAUUGGAGAUGAAUGUUUUGAAGGUUGUGAAUCAUUAACAAGUAUAAAUAUUGGAAAUGUUCAAUUUAUUAGUGAGGGUAGAAUGUUUGUAGGAAAAGAAAAACUAGUUUCAAUUCCUAUUAAUAACUUAAAAAGAAUUAAUGGAAUACCAAUAAGAGAAAGAUAUAUUAAUGAAUUUGUUAUUCCAACAUCAAUUAGAAAAAUAGGAGAUGGAUGUUUUAAUGGAUGUGAGUCAUUAAAAUCAAUUGAUAUACCAUCAUCAGUUAAAUGUAUAGGAGAUGAAUGUUUUAGUGGAUGUAAAUGUGAAGAAGAACUAAAGAAAGAUAAGAUAAUAAGAAAAAUCUACAUCUAA